UCUGGCACUAUGCUGCCCUAAGGCAAAAAACUAUGGCAUCUCCAUUCCUGUCGUUUCUGGCCAUCAUACCGGCAGCUUUGUCUGCCUUCUUUGUAUUUUGGCAUAGACGUACCUAUGGCCAAUUACCCAUUCACACCGCUGAUGUCGCUUACCAGCGAGACCAGUACCGCGACGUACUAGACUGGGAUAAAUAUGCAUUGUCCAUUGAAGGCAAGCCUACCAUGAUAUUCAGUGGGGAGUUUCACUACUGGCGUCUUCCAGAUAGAACUCGAUGGGAAACCGUACUCAAGCAAUACAAGUCGGCGGGUCUGAAUACCAUUCGUAUCUAUUUUCAUUGGGGAUACCAUUCACCGGCCGAAGACGUGUAUCAUUUUGAUGGAAAUCGCGACAUUGAAUUCCUCUUGAGCUUGUGUGAAAAACUCGGCAUCUAUGUGCUCGCUGCACCUGGUCCUUACAUUUGCGCAGAAACAAAUGGCGGUGGCUACCCGGCGUGGUUGGUUGCCAAACGACAUCUCCGCAUUCGGCAUAACAUGGCUAUGCUGUGGAGAAGCUACGAUGACGAAUUCGCCAUGUACGAAGUCGAGUGGUAUCAGCAAUUGCUUCCUAUUAUUGCUCGCCAUCAAAUUACCAACAAAUCCAAAGGUUGUGUCAUCGGAGUUCAAAUCGACAAUGAAUUGUUCGAAGUCAUGCAUGGCUUACUGCCGGUUGGUUUGCAUGAUCAAAUGCGCAUCUUGGCUAAAGGUGCAAGAGAUGCCGGAGUCACGGUUCCUUUGUUCACCAACGAUGGUUUUGAAGAAGGUGGUUGGAUCCCUCGCACCACCUUUGCACGAACGGGUAUGCCUCAUCGUGAUCAAACAAAGGGCUUUGGUAUUGACUGGUAUGGCUUUGACAAAUUAUUGCCUUCAGUCUUCGCUCCAUCAAGUUCUCCAAAAAGUUGGCUCAUUGAUGAUGGUCAAGGCGCUGGUGAAUGGUCAGACUGGGAUCCUCGCACCGUCAAGAAUUCCGUUGAUAAACUUGAGAAGACUGUCAGAGGAUUCGGUGGUGGUGCAGCUGAGACACCAAUGUUUAUCCCAGAAUUGCAAGGCGGUUGGUUCAAUCACUACCUCCUUAACCACACUUAUGACGAAAUAUACGACUUUUUCGGUGAAAAUUACACCAAACUGAUCCUAGACAGCAUGCUAGCCCAAGGCAUAACCAUGAAUAGCAUUUACAUGUUUUAUGGUGGUACCAAUUGGGGCAUGUUAGGCGACCCUGACGUCUACACAAGUUACGAUUACUCGGCCUGUAUCAGAGAGUACGGUUACAUGUCUUCACGCCUUCGAGCUGUCCGACAAACUGCAUUAUUUGCUAGAUCAUUUGGCGUUUAUUUUGCAAAGACGGAUCGUGUCAAGGUGCCUAAUAUUACUCUAUCGAUACCCGAUGUCCUGAAUGCCCAACGCAUCACUGCACCCCAAGAAGCUGACCAGCAGGUAGAAUUCAGCUUUUUGCGCAACUUUGAUCCGAAGAAGCGGGAUACUUUCCAAGUGCAAGUGCCGUUUGUCUCCUCCAAUAACCAAUCUACUACACUUGCUCUUGGCUGCCAGCUACCCUAUAAGCAGACCAUGACAGCAGUUGGAAACUAUGUGGCGGCUAAUGGAGCUCGCCUCAUCUUGUCAACCUUACCCAUCCUUACCCGAAUAGUAAACGCUCAAGAUGAGGUGUGGAUUGUGGCUGGCAACACCAUCGGCGAGAUUGCCUUCGAUAACACUCAAGAAGAUCUGGAGUUCACCGGCAACAUGCGUCACUCUGUAAGAGACCAAGGCUCAGCUGUUGUUAUUGGUUUUGGCGAGCAUCAAGGAUGGACAAAGGUGUCAAAGGCUGGCAAGAGCAUGUACAUUGUUUCUCUCGCCCCAAGUGAUGUCGCUACUUUGUAUGCUGAUUUCCAUGACCCUUAUUGGCAUCAAACCGAAUCCACAUCUCAACCUACAAUUGUGACGUGGGGCUCUGAUGGUGCAUUCUACAACCGUGCAGAGGGCAAACUCGAGUUUAGCCACAAUGAUCAAGAAUCUGAUUUGCACGUUCUCUCGUUUGACAAGAUGUCCCUCGCUUCGGCUCAAGACAAAUACAACGUUCCAUUUAUUUAUCACCACUCUUUGAAUCACGUCAACAAAGACGAUACUACGUUGCAAAUCGCCUUGACCAACUGGGAGUUCCGCUCCACUGAUUUCGAAAACUUGCCUUGGUCUGGGCUUGUUCCUCACGGCAAAGAAAAGGUUUCCUGGGAUGCUUUAGAUCACUUGUACACCAGCGGCCACAUUCUGUACCGAACCACGUUCAAAGCUGAGCAGGGCAAAAAUGUGACUCUUUCUGUCAAUGCACGUAACCGAGCUACUAUCAUUCUCAAUGGUAAGAUUGUUGGCGGCCACACAACGUACUCUCGCCAACUGUUCAUGCCUGGAGCCAAAAUUGGCCCUGACCCAUGGUUUUUGGGAACCCAAAAGUACACCUUACCCAGCGCAGCGUUGAACGGAGACAACGACCUUGUCAUUGCCAUCGACAGCUUUGGAUUAUGUAGACAAGCAUUCAUCAUGAACGACAUUCGUAAUCCACGAGGAGUUAUCUCUGCCAAACUUGGUGGUCUAAAUGCUGCCGCCAAAAAGGAAGCUGACGAAGGAUGGAAGAUCACGGGUGUCGAUGUACAACAGCUUAGCAACCAAUAUGAUACCACUGGCUGGCCCGACGAACGAAGCAAAAAUCAUCCUUGGGAAGCUUUGAAUGUGGUAGAGGAACUCACUGCCCAUCCUGUUUCCACAUUCAAGGUGUAUGCCGCUGACGGCCCACGAUGGAUUCGAUUUUCCUUUGACUAUGAUCACCCUCUAGAGGUCCAUGCUCCGCUCCGACUUCACCUUGACGGCGGCUUUACUGCUAUUGUCAUUUUGAAUGACGUGGUGAUUGCGCGCUACUAUGGCAAUGGCGACGGACCACAGCAUGACUUUUAUCUCAUGGAUGGCUUUAUCAAACCUCAAGGCAACCAGAUUGAAAUGCUCGUGUAUACUUGGAACGACGUAGACGACGCACAGGCUUUUAUCUCCGGAUGGCCCGUCAUGCCUGGAAGCGGUAAUUUGAUGAAGCCCUUCGCCAAGCGUGUUCCUGACUGGAAAGUGCAUUCUUCGCAUUUGAUUCUGUAGUAGGAGACAUUAACUCGAUAUAAAGCAGCAAAAUAAACAAUCAAUAGAAAGCUGGAUAAAUUUUUGUUGCAGAAAAUGUCUCACAACGUUUCAUUUUAUUUCUCAUUCAUUUUCCCAAA